UCAAGAUAUUGGAUACUUGAUUGGUAUAAUAAUGCCUUCCUCCUUAAUUUCCUACGUGAAGCAGCGGAUAUAAAACCAACAUUUUCUUAACCAACCACAGAUACAUUUCUAAACCAAACUUGGAAAGACAUGGGAAACCUAUUUUCCUCCUUUCUUCUCAUCCUUCUUAUCUCUUUCUUCUUCUCUUUUACAACUUCCAAAACCCAGAACUUUUUGCAAAGAGGCUCCUCUCUCUCUGUCGAAGAUGAUUCGGACGACUACAUCACCUCCCCAGACAAAUCAUUCACUUGUGGUUUCUAUGGGAUGGGGGAAAAUGCUUACUGGUUUUCAAUAUGGUUCACAAAUUCAAAGGAAAGAACUGUUGUUUGGAUGGCCAAUCGAAAUAGACCUGUCAAUGGCCGGGGCUCCAGAAUUUCGCUGCAGAGAGAUGGCACCAUGAUGCUAAGGGAUGCUGAUGGCUCAACUGUUUGGGAGACUAACACUACCUCUACUGAUGUUGAUCGAGCAGAGCUUUUGGACACUGGAAACCUUGUUCUCAAGGACCCACGAGGUAAAAUUCUGUGGCAAAGCUUUGGUUUUCCAACUGAUACUCUUCUGCCAAACCAAAUCUUUACCACGAGCACAAAGCUGAUCUCUAUACUCAGAAGAGGGGAUUUUUCUUCUGGUUACUUUAACUUCCUUUUUGACAAUGACAAUGUCUUGAGAAUGAUGUAUGAUGGGCCUGAGAUUUCCAGAUUGUAUUGGCCUAAUCCUGAUUGGGAUGUUUUCGGAAAUGGAAGAACAAACUUUAACAGUAGUAGAACUGCUGUUUUGGAUGAAAUGGGGAGGUUUCUUUCGAGUGAUAAAAUGUCUUUCAACGCUUCUGACAUGGGUUUUGGAGUCAAAAGGAGGCUGACAAUGGACUACGAUGGAAACCUGAGGCUCUAUAGUUUAAACCAUUCCACGGGAUUAUGGGUGAUCUCAUGGAAAGCUCUUAGCGAACAGUGUAAAGUACACGGGUUAUGUGGUAGAAAUGGGAUUUGUAUUUAUACACCAGAACCCAAGUGUUCAUGUCCUCCGGGCUAUGAAGUAAGUGACCCAAGUGACUGGAGCAAAGGUUGCAAGUCUAAGUUCAACCAAAGCUGUUCCCAAACACAGCAGGUAAAAUUUUUGGAGCUUCCCCAGACCGAUUACUAUGGGUUUGAUCUCAAUUACAGCCAAUCUGUUUCAAUGGAAGCUUGCAGGAAAAUCUGCUUGGACGAUUGCCUUUGCCAAGGAUUCGCCUACAGGCUAACAGGAGAAGGGAACUGUUACGCAAAAAGUACCCUUUUCAAUGGCUACAAGUCCUCCAACUUCCCUGGGAGUUUAUAUUUAAAACUGCCUGUGGAUAUCGAAACGUCAGCACCCACUGUCCUCAAUGGUUCUGAUCUCAUAUGCGAGUCCAAGGAGGUUGAGGUUGUGCACAGUUCUUCUGUAUAUGACACUGCCAGUAAAAAGAUGAGAUGGGUUUAUCUCUACUCAUUUGCUUCUGCCAUUGGUGCCAUAGAAGUUCUCUUUAUUGUGUCAGGUUGGUGGUUUCUUUUCAAGGUACAUAAUGUGCCAUCUUCAGCUGAAGAUGGAUAUGGUUCGAUAUCAAGCCCGUUCAGGAGAUUUAGCUACACCGAACUCAAGAAGGCAACCAACAAUUUCAAAGUGGAGCUUGGAAGAGGAGGCUUUGGGGCUGUUUAUAAGGGUGUUUUGGAGGAUGAAAGGGCAGUAGCAGUGAAGAAAUUGGGAGAUGCCACUCAAGGGGAAGGGGAGUUUUGGGCUGAAGUAAGCACAAUCGGAAAAAUCUAUCACAUGAACCUAGUCAGAAUGUGGGGAUUCUGUUCAGAGGGUAGACACAGACUUGUAGUCUACGAGCAUGUAGAAAAUCUGUCACUGGAUAAGCAUCUCUUCAGCACGAGUUGUCUGGGAUGGAAAGAGAGGUUUAACGUUGCAGUGGGGACAGCGAGGGGUUUAGCCUACCUUCACCAUGAGUGUCUAGAAUGGGUUAUCCACUGUGACGUGAAGCCUGAAAAUAUACUUCUAGACAACGGGUUUGAACCAAAGAUUGCAGAUUUUGGGCUAGCCAAGCUGUCUCAGAGAGGUGGCCCCGGUUCAGGAGAAUUCUCUCGGAUUCGGGGGACUAAAGGGUACAUGGCUCCAGAGUGGGCUAUGAAUCUUCCAAUUACGGCAAAAGUUGAUGUUUAUAGCUAUGGAGUUGUGGUUUUAGAGAUGGUGAGGGGAAUUCGGCUUUCGAAAUGGGUGGGUGAGGAUGGCGAGGAGCAGGAAGCUGAGCUGACGAGGUUUGUCAGGGCAGUGAAAAGGAAAAUUCAAUAUGGAGAAGACAAUUGGGUAGAGGAUACAGUGGACCCAAGAUUGAAGGGGAAGUUUAGUAGGCAGCAGGCAACAAUGUUGGUCGAAAUAGGUAUUUCUUGUGUGGAGGAAGAUAGAAGUAAAAGACCAACAAUGGCCACCGUAGUCCAAGUUCUACUGGAAUGCGAAGGUGAAGCCCAAGUCCAAACCUUGGACUUGGAGUAAAUGUCUUUUUUUAUUUAUUUACUGAAUAAGUUAUGGGGUCUGUAUCUCCUGAACAAAUUACAUAGUUGUCAUUGGUUUUUCUUGUUUUCUUUUUGUAUGGGGUCUGUAGCCACUUCUUUGGCACUACAUCAAUUUGGAAUCUUACAAGUUCAUGGUCCUGGGUAGCAUAAAA